AUGUCUGCUUUACGACCCCUUCGACGAGGAAUUCACCUUCUUGGAGCAAGAUCCGUUGCCCAACUGGCCCCUGUUGGCGUCAAUGGAGCUUUGACUCUCCCGCAGCUUGCUUCUCCGCACGUUCGCUGCGCUCUCCGCUCUCCGGCUUCUGGACGUUUGAUUGCCCGCAACCUUCCAGUUGCCAAUGGCGUGAGAUAUGCCUCAUCUGCAGCUAGCCCUGGCUCUCUGCGAAAGACACAACUCUAUGACUUGCAUAUUGCUAAAGGUGCAAAAAUGGUGCCCUUUGCGGGGUAUUCUAUGCCCCUCCAGUACUCCGAUCUCAGCCAUGUUGAGAGCCACAAGUGGACGAGAGAGAAGGCGAGCUUGUUCGAUGUGAGCCAUAUGGUCCAGCAUCGGUUAAGUGGCCCAGGCGCGCUAGACCUGCUCAUGAAAGUGACACCAUCGUCUCUAGACAAGCUCGAAAACAACUCCUCCACCCUGUCAUGCCUCCUUGAACCCGGAACUGGUGGUAUCGUUGAUGACACUGUCAUAACACGCUUAUCGACGGACACCUUUUAUUUCGUCACCAACGCUGGCCGCCGCGACGAGGACCUCGCCUUCCUCACCGCCGAAAUCGAUGCCUUCAAAGCUGCCCAUGGCGCCGAAAAGGAAAUCACCUGGGAGAUUCUCUCUGACCACUCCCUCAUAGCUCUCCAGGGUCCCGAAGCUGCUGCCACUCUGCAACCACUCAUCCAUAAUAACGGCGCAGACUCCGAUCUAAGCACCCUCUAUUUCGGCAACUGCCGCUCUCUCCAUCUCAAUCUCCCUGACGGCACGCAGACCCAAGAACCGCUUCUAAUUUCCCGCACCGGCUACACAGGCGAGGAUGGCUUCGAGAUUUCCAUUCCUCCGUCCGUCUCCCCAUCAACAAUUACCGAGCUUCUCCUCCAGAACCCUUCCGUUCGCCUCGCCGGCCUCGCAGCCCGCGACUCCCUCCGCCUCGAAGCUGGAAUGUGCCUUUACGGCCACGACAUCUCAACUGCCCAGACCCCCCCUGCCGCAGCGCUAGGCUGGAUCGUUGGCAGAGACCGCCGCGACCCUUCCGCUUCCUCGGACCGAUCACAGUUCAAUGGGGCCGCAACAAUCCUUCCACAGCUUGCUUCUCCGUCUAAGAACCUCUCUCAACGCCGCGUUGGGUUCACGAUUGAAAAGGGCUCACCUGCGCGUGAGGGUGCUGUCAUUAUCGACUUGAACGAUGAGUCUAAGACUCAGAUUGGCGUUAUCACUUCUGGGUUGCCGAGUCCAUCGCUUGGUGGAACGAAUAUUGCUAUGGGGUAUAUAAAGCAGGGAUUGCAUAAGAAAGGGACGGAGGUUGGGGUCGUAGUUAGAAAUAAGGUGAGGAAAGCGACGGUUGUUGGGAUGCCGUGGGUGGAGAGUAAGUUUUACCGCAAGCCAUCAGCAUGAGUCUUUACCCCUUUUCUUUCUUCUGUUAUCGUUGUUUGUCGGAAAAUAGGUUCCUGUUAUGGCGGUGUUGGCUGUGCUCUUCAACAGUAACGGCGUGACUUUUAUCUCUUAGAGACAAUUCUCUGUAUAUGCAUAUCUUAGGUAGAUAUAUAAUACAAUCACGGCCCCUGCCGAGAUC